AUGUUUUAUAACAACGAAAAACUCUCACGAGAGUUAAAAUACUCCAACAGUGUGCAGUCGAUUAGAGCUUCAGGCCCAGCUAAUGUUGAAAAAAAAAUCAAAAGGCUAAGCGACAAACUAGAUAAAGGAAAAUUUUUAAAACUUGCAGAUAUAUCCACAGGAAAUUCAAGAGAAAUCUCCAAUCCUUUUGAAAGAAGACAAACACCCCAUUUAUCGACGAUUUCAUCGUCGAUUUUGCCUCAAAAAGUUUCACUGACACCGGUAAAUAAUUUUUUCCAGUCAAGAAACAAAAGCCCAUUUCUCCUUAAUAGGAGUACUAUUCAAAAGAAGACUGAGCUUGACGAACAGGUUAGUAUAAAGCCUGAAAGAAAAUUACUUGUGGACAGAAAAGAACAAAGGACAAUUACGCAGAUUAUAGAUGAGUUUGAUGUUACAUGAAAUAAAAGUCCGAAACGACUACAGGAAAAUAGCUGCAUGCCGAAUAUGUCUUAUCUGUCAUCUUGCAACCAACAUAAAUUAUCGUGAGAUCUAUUUAGAGUGCCUAAUCAUAAGAUAUGCAAAUCCCGUAUCAUUUUGAAAAAAUCACAAGGGCUAACUGCAGAAAAAUUUGCACAAAUUGAUAUAGCUUUUAGGAUUAAUUGGCCGGCAGGAUCAAUAAGAUAAUAGUUAAUAAGAAAUGCGGUCUAUUUAAGGGGAAAAUAUGUAAAGAAUUUAGAAGGAAAGAAAACUUUUUGAAAAAAAUGGAAAAUUUAUGCCCGAGCCUUCUGUGUCGACGUCUCCCAACGUCGGGAAACUAAAAUUUGUUGGCAAAACAACCCCCCUGGUGGCAAAUCCAUUUUCUUCUAGAGAUUUGUUCAUCCAGGGAAAUUUUUUAUUAGCAAAUACUUUUUUUUACAAGUCUCUGGUACAACCCGAGUCAAAAAGAGGCUCGGGCUAUAGUUGUAGACUUCAGCUCAAAAACAAAGCAAAUGAAAAAAUUUAAAUUUCGUGAAAAAAGAACUAUUAUUUCUCAAAGCUUCGAGGAAUUUACAAAUUCAUUAGAUAAAUUUGCAAAAGAAGGAAUUAAGGAAUAUCAAAUUCCAGUGUAUGAAAAAUAUGAGUAA